CGUGAGAUGACCCUUUCCCCUCUUCUGUGUGAGCUGAGAGCUGGUGUCAUCGUUGCAUGUGAUUGAGUCGCGCGGCAUGACGUCGAUGUGACCGACGCCAGCAGAAAGCCGCAUUCUUGUUGAGCAGUUGUCAGCUGGUUUGGUGUGACGCUGAGAGGCUGAGAAAUCCCAUCGGUCAUCACCAUGGAGAACGGAUCCGACGAGACACGCGCAAAGCAACAACGAGGUGAGCACAGCACAACACCCACCACGCAGCCACGCAGACGAUCCACAGUACACGAUAGACAGACAUCAACACUCACAUAUAUCGCAUCGAGUGUGCCCUCUGUUGAUCUAUCUGAUCUGGUCACUAACAGGCCUGGUGGGUCUGUCGGACAAGCCGUCGGGAGCGUUUGACCAGGAGCUCUACGGGGGUGCCGACGCACUGGGGCAGUAUGUGACUGAGCUGCCGACUGAGGAGGAGGCGGCGAACCUCGAUCGGCAGCAGGAGCUGACAACGCUGGGAGGCACGGCUGGCCGUGCUCCAUCGAGGCCGCAGAAGUUCGCAUUCACCGCUCCCAAGGACGUGCUGAACGAAGUGGCCCAGCAGGACGCACCCGACCCUUUCGCGGUCAGAGAGAGAGGCACAUACAGAUGGAGAGAGAGAGAGAUGCGGAAGUGUCAUCUGUGUGCCCGUGUGUGUGCGUGUGUGUGUGUGUGUGUGAUGCUCGCGUCAUCAGGAGCACCAGAAGGACAAGACCAUUGCGGGUCGUGAGGACAGCUACCGCAGCAGAUGGCGGCAGCAGAUGCUCUCGCCCGAGAGGGCCGACCCGUUCGCCAGCCAGACGCCCGGACCGGAGACCAGAUCCUACACGGUACUAACGCUGAGAAAUGUCAGUCGACGCGAGGCGUGUCUGUAUGCACACGCGUGUGUCUGUGUGUGUGUAUGUGUUUGGUUGUGUUUGCAGGAUGUGAUGAAGGAGCAGCAGCUCGACAAGGAGAAGGGCGAGCUCAUUCGCAAGAUACAACAGAAGAAAAGAGUCAGUCGUCCCCACACCACCCGCCAAAACUCAUGCACCUCCACAUCGAAACCUUCCUUGUUUCUAUCUCAGGAUGAGGACAGCCGUGUGGACGGUGAGGCAUCAGGUGCAGCAGCGCUCCCGGCUCCCCCCAAGAAGGACGGCGAGAAGAAGCGUCGCAGGUGGGACCAGCCGGCCGCCGACGAGCCCAGGGCCAAGGCCUCAAAGGCCAACGGCGUGGGGUCGCGCACACAUGGUGCGUCGGAGUGGGACAUCAGCGAGGCAUCGGUGGAGCACAGCAGAUGGGACACUCCCGUCAGGGGAGAGGUCACCAUGGGCGAUGAGGGGGCUGGCGCGUCCAGCUGGGACCAGGCAGUGGUGUCUGCGCCCAAGCCGUCAGCUGCCGUACUGGGAGAGACACCCACACCCGGGAGGUACCCCAACCCGAUCCCACAAAGACCACAUCCAUUCAUUGAACCAUUCAAACAUGUGUCUGUCGACGUUUCUGGCUGUCUGUGGGUCAGGUGGGACGAGACCCCCGCGCCGGGCGCCACUCCCGGCCGGCGUCGAUCGAGAUGGGACGAGACGCCUGUGGGGUCCUCGGGCAUGGCUACGCCAGGCCCGUCGGCCACUCCGGGUGCCAUGGGGAUGGGGAUGGCCACCCCAGGCGCCACGCCAUUCGGGGGCACUCCGGGAGCCACACCACUGGUCAGUCAGUGUGAGCAAAGGAAGACACAGAGAGAACAAGUGGUGAAUGUGUGUAUGGGUGUGUGUGUGGCUUGAUCAGGGUAUGUCUGGCAUGAUGACGCCCAUGACGCCGCUGACGUCGCUGACCCCUGACCAACUCGCUGCCAUGAGGUGAGUCAGCCAGGGGGUGAGUGAGGCAAAGGCCCACUCACCAUACCAUCCGUGCACACAUCGAUCUGCGUGUGUCAUGGUCUCACGUCAGGAUCACGCGCGAGAUCGACGAGCGCAACCGCCCCAUGACGGACGAGGAGCUCGAGGCCAUCUUCCCCCCAGAGGGAUACGAGCUCGUCAAGCCGCCCGCCAGCUAUCAGCCCCUGCCGAGGGCCAAGGUGACCGCCACGCCCACGCCAUUCGGCGCCACACCGCUCUACUCCAUCCCUGACGAAAUCAACGCCGUCAAAGCGCAGGAGGUGCCUGAGACAGACAGACAGACAGACAGACGAUCCACGUGGCUGUGUGACCGUCUCUUCUGUCUGUCUGCGUGUGUGUGUGUGCAGAUCCCCGGCACGCCCUCAUCGAGAGGAGAGGGCGACCUGCCGAUGAUGCGGCCGGAGGACUACCAGUACUUCGGCAAGCUAAUGGAGGUGUCCGACGAGGCGGAGGCCGACCUCUCCCCUGAGGAGGCCAAGGAACACGAGAUCAUGAAGCUGCUCCUGAAGAUCAAGAACGGCACCCCCCCAAUGCGCAAGACGGCCCUGCGGACCAUCACCGAGAAGGCGCGAUACUUCGGGGCGGGGCCGCUGUGCAACCAGAUUUUGCCGCUGAUGAUGAGCAGCACCCUCGAGGACCAGGAGAGGCACCUGCUGGUCAAGGUCAUCGAUCGCAUCCUCUACAAGCUUGACGACCUCAUCAGGCCCUACGUGCACAAGGUGAGCCUGUCCCCCCCUCCACCCCACACGCACACACAAGAUGUCCAUUCCUUGUGUGGCUGGCUUGCAGAUUUUGGUGGUGAUAGAGCCGUUGCUGAUUGACGAGGACUACUACGCCCGUGUGGAGGGCCGCGAGAUCAUCAGCAACCUCGCCAAGGCCGCCGGGCUGGCCACCAUGAUCGCCACCAUGCGGCCAGACAUCGACCACCAGGACGAGUACGUCCGCAACACCACUGCUAGGGCGUUUGCCGUGGUGGCCUCUGCACUGGGCAUACCCUGCAUCAUCCCCUUCCUUAAGGCGGUCUGUGGGAGCACCAAGAGCUGGCAGGCGCGACACACGGGCAUCAAGAUCGUCCAGCAGAUCGCCAUACUGAUGGGGUGUGCCGUGCUGCCGCAUCUGAAGCCGCUUGUCGACACCAUCCUGCUGGGCCUCACUGACGAGCAGCAGAAGGUACGUCACACACACACACACACACACACAGAGAGAGAGAGGGAGAGGGAGAGAGAGAGGGAGGGCGAGAGAGACCCCACCUUUCACACACACGUGUGAGCAUGUGAGUGUGUGUGGGUGGGUGUGCGAAUCUGUCAGGUGCGCACUAUCACGGCGCUGGCAUUGGCGGCGUUGGCUGAGGCGGCCACGCCUUACGGCAUUGAGGCCUUCGAUGCGGCGCUCAAGCCGCUGUGGCGCGGCAUCUGCGAGCACAGGGGCAAGGGACUCGCCGCUUUCUUGAAGGCCAUCGGGUGAGAUGACACACACACACUCGGACGGACGGACGGCCUGAUGGGCCACAUGUGUGCAUUCAUUUGUUGUGGUAUAUAUAUGUCAGUUACAUCAUUCCCUUGAUGGAUGCCGAGCAUGCCAACUACUUCACGCGAGAGGUCAUGGUCAUCCUCAUCAGGGAGUUCCAGACACCUGACGAGGAAAUGAAGAAAAUCGUUCUCAAGGUACCUUUGCCCCUCCCAGCCACAGAGAGAGAGAGAGAGCGAGAGAGUGAUGGCUCCCAUGUCCUCUCUCUGUGUCCGCCUGUGUGGCUGCACUGCAGGUGGUGAAGCAGUGUGUGGCGACUGAGGGUGUGGAGGCGCAGUACAUCCGCGAGGAGAUCCUGCCCCACUUCUUCAAGAACUUCUGGGUCGUCAGGAUGGCACUCGACAAACGCAACUACAGACAACUCGUCGACACCACCGUAGAGAUCGCCAACAAGGUCUGUCUGUCAGCCACACACACACCCAACACACACACAAGAGGCAUCGCCGGCUCUCUCUCUCUCUCUCUCUCUCUCUGUCUGUGCAACAAACAGGUCGGCGGUUCCGAGAUCGUGACUCGUGUGGUGGAGGAUUUGAAGGAUCCCUCAGAGCCGUACCGCAAGAUGGUGGUAGAGACCAUCGAGAAGGUCCUCACCAACCUGGGAGUUGCCGACAUCGACGUCAGGCUCGAGGAACAACUCAUCGACGGCAUUGUAUACGCCUUCCAGGAGCAGGUGGCACGACCCCCCUCCACCCCCUCCCCCUCUGAACCCCUUUCUCUCUCUCACACACACAGACACUGACCUCUUUGCUCUGCGUGUGUAAUGCAGUCAUCUGAGGAUACCAAAGUGAUGCUGGACGGCUUCGGCACGAUAGUCAACUGCCUGGGGAAGCGCGUCAAGCCGUACCUGCCGCAGAUCUGCGGUAUGAUCCGGUGGCGGCUCAACACGCCCUCGGCCAAGGUGCGGCAGCAGGCCGCCGACGUGGUGGCGCGCAUCGCUGUGGUCAUGAAACACUGCGGCGAGGAGCAGAUGCUCGGACACCUGGGGCUCUACCUCUACGAAUACCUCGGCGAAGAAUACCCAGAGGUCAGACCACCACACACACACACACACACACACACGUGUGUGUUUGCCUUGCAGGUGCUCGGGUCGAUCCUCGGUGCGUUGAAGGCGAUCGUCAAUGUGGUGGGCAUGCAGAAGAUGUCCCCGCCCAUCAAGGACCUGCUGCCGCGGCUGACGCCCAUCCUCAAGAAUCGCCACGAGAAGGUGCAGGAGAACUGCAUCGACCUCGUGGGCCGCAUCGCUGACAGGGGGGCCGAGCUCGUCAGCACCAAGGAGUGGGACAGGAUCUGCUUCGACCUUCUGGAACUGCUCAAGGUGAGAGAGCCACACAAACAAAGACAGACAGACAGACAGGGAGGGAGGGAGGGUGGAAGUGGUUGUGCCGGUGGUUGUGCUGUUCGUCAAGGCUCACAAGAAGGCGAUUCGUCGUGCGACGGUCAAUACGUUCGGGUACAUCGCCAAGGCAGUCGGGCCGCAGGACGUCAUCACCACACUGCUCAACAACCUACGAGUACACCCCCCACCCUCCCCUGCAGAAAUCUCUCUCUGACGACCGACAUGAUCUGAUCUCUGCAGGUGCAAGAGCGUCAGUUGCGGGUGUGCACGACUGUGGCCAUCGCUAUCGUGGCCGAGACGUGCGGCCCCUACACCGUGCUGCCCCAUCUCAUGAACGAGUACCGCGUCCACGAGCUCAACGUCCAGAAUGGCGUGCUCAAGUCGCUGUGCUUCAUGUUCGAGUACAUCGGAGAGCUCGGCAAGGUCAGCCUGGGCGCGGUGCCGCCUCACACACACACACACACAGAGAGAGAGAGAGAGGGAGAGUGCAUGUGUGGUGUGUUGUGUUGUGUUGUGUUGUUUGGGGCUGUGCUGUGUGUUGGGUGCGGCGAUGGCAGGAUUAUAUAUACCCCAUCUGUGGUCUGCUCGAGGACGCGCUGCUCGACCGUGACCUGGUCCACAGACAGACCGCCUCGUGGACGUGCAAACAUCUCGCCCUGGGGGUACGCCCCCACUCACAUACACACACACACAGACACACGAGUACCUGGAUGUCUUCUCUCUCUGUGUGUCUAUGUGUGUGGUUUAGGUGCAUGGUUUGAGUCGUGAGGACGCGUUGAUCCACCUGAUGAACCACGUGUGGCCGAAUAUUUUUGAGACGUCGCCGCACCUCAUCCAGGCCGUCAUCGACGCCGUGGACGGCUUCAGGGUCUCAAUCGGCCCGGGCAUCGUACUGCAGUACCUGCUGCAGGGACUCUGGCACCCUGCCAGAAAGGCAGGCGGCUACACACACGGCACAUCGCACAGACAGACACAGGGGUGUGUGUGUGUGUGUGUGGUGUUGUGGCGUGUGUCAGGUUCGCGAGACGUAUUGGCGUCUGUAUAACAACGUGUAUAUGGGCCACCAGGACGCACUCGUGUCCUUCUACCCAAAUGUCCCACCCGAACCAAACAAGUCAGCACACAAAAACACACCAACGCCUGUCAAUGCCCCUCUCACAUUUGGCUCGCUCUCUCUCUCUCUCUCUGUGUGUGUGUGUGUGGUUCUCCCAGCGAUUACACGCGCCACGAGCUGUGCGUGCUGCUGUGAGACGAGAGCUUCCAGAGAGAGAG